CUCGGUUAGGGUGACGGGUUUUUAUAGGGCUCGGGAGCAGGAGGCGCGGUUACAGAAACGAGAAGCAGUUACAGGGUUCUGAUUGGGUGGUUUGAACAAAGCCGUAGUUAAGUCACGUACCCAGAACAGGGAAGGCGGGAAGGCAGAUUGUGAGCAGGGUCACGUACCCACCCGGAACCGGAAGGUGGGAAAGAAUGCAGCGAGGUAGCUAUCCCCUCAGGGAACUUACCGCUAUACUGCGCCUACUCUACAUAACAAUCGCUGCUUAUCUUUUGGUCUCUCACACUCACCAAUUACGGAGAUUCAUGUCUUCUGCCUCUCCAAAACUGUGCGCUCUGCUCGCCGCCAUCUUGGAGUCUCUGGUCUCUGUUGCAAAGAGAAGUUUUCUUGGGGAGUGAUGAAGACUACACUUUUAUAGUCUGAAAGACUUAAAUGAAUCUUUUCAUAAUUCCACACCAAUGGAAAGUAUAAAAAUAAGCAAACAAUUGCUUCCUGUAUUUAAUUCCAGUCUACUAGUCUCUGCCUUUUAAUUGUAGCACUGAGAUUAAUUCUGAAAGGAGAAUGGCUAUAAUCAAUGAAAGCUACCCAAAAGAAUUCAUCAAUGAAAGCCACCCAAAAGAAUUCAUUCUACUGGGCUUUGCUGACCGUCCUUGGCUGGAACUCCCUCUCUUCAUUAUUCUUCUGGUAACAUACCCCAUGGCUUUGAUGGGAAAUAUUGCCAUCAUACUAGUGUCCACCUUAGACCCCCGUCUCCACAGCCCCAUGUAUUUCUUCCUCACAAAUCUCUCCUUUUUGGACAUGUGCUAUACCACAAGCAUUGUGCCUCAGAUGCUGUUUAACCUGGGAAGCUCUAGAAAGACUAUUAGUUACAUUGGAUGUGUUGUUCAACUUUAUGUCUUCCAUAUAAUGGGAGGCACAGAAUGUCUGCUUUUGGCAAUAAUGUCCUUUGAUCGUUAUGUGGCUAUCUGCAGACCUCUUCACUACACCCUCAUCAUGAAUCAGCGAGCCUGCAUCUUGUUAGUGUCUAUCAUGUGGCUGACUGGAGUGAUCUUUGCUUUUUCAGAGGCUACACUUACAUUACAAUUGCCAUUGUGUGGCACUCAUAAACUGGAUCACUUAUUGUGCGAAAUUCCAGUUCUCAUAAAAACUGCCUGUGGCGAAAAGGAGGCUAAUGAGCUGGCACUUUCUGUGGUAUGCAUUUUUAUACUAGCUGUUCCUCUAUGCUUAAUUCUUGCUUCUUAUGUUAAUAUUGGAUGUGCUGUAGUCAGAAUUAAAUCUUCUGAAGGAAGGAGAAAAGCCUUUGGAACAUGUUCUUCUCAUCUCAUUGUAGUUUCCUUAUUUUAUGGUCCAGCCAUUAGCAUGUACCUUCAGCCUUCUUCAUCCAUCACAAGGGACCAACCCAAGUUCAUGGCUCUCUUUUAUGCAGUGAUAACGCCUACACUGAAUCCCUUCAUCUAUACCCUACGGAAUAAGGAUGUAAAGGGUGCCUUAAAAAAGCUGCUGAGAAACAUUUUCAGUUCAAAGUGGAAGUUCAUUGAUAUCAAAUGAAAUGACUUAGUGAUUGUAUUACUUUUAUAUUGGUUCUCUAAUAAUGCUCACAUAUUCUAGAUCCACAAACUAUGUCCUUCUUGGCAGAUUUGUUUCAUUUUUAGUAUUUUAAAAAUCAAAUUGGAUACUAUUUAGCCAAUAUGUCCCAAUUUGGGCACAUAUUUGUGAAAAAGCAGAAAAAAACAAAGGAAUUUUUCCUGGUUGGUUCACAUAGACUGCUAAUUCUGUUAAAUAAUACAAGAAAAUAAUAAAUUAUAGGUUUUGGAGGAUCUAAGUCAUAGUUUUGGGAGAUUAUUGUAAAGUUAUGCUGAAUAAAAUAUAAUAAAUGGUCUUCCAGUCAGUGUUAUUUGCAAAACAUUUCUUUAAUUCCUAGACUACAAUUCAUGUCUCUGGACAGCAUAGCUUCAUAAUGGUUUUAGGGAGAGACCAUUAUGCUUAAUCUUGACUUAAUCAAAACUCAGAGUAUGUUCAUGCUGUUUUUAAAAAACAUUGUAAAUUUUGUUUAUGAAUUAAGAUGAAGUAUUUGAUGUUUAAAUAAAGGAUUUCUCAUGAUACAGUAAAAUAUACAAAGAGACAAAAAACUAUGGGUAAAUAUUUAAUUUCUUUUAAACAUAACUAGCAUGAGUCUUGACUCAAUGAGAAAUAAAGGAAGUGACAUUACUAAUGAAGCACAGUCUGGAAACAUUUCUGAGAAUAAACUGGGACAUUUAAAUGUGCCUUUAAAUUUUAUCAUGAAUCAAUAUGAGAAAAAUUAUUUUUCUAAGGUGGAAGCAAUUGAACUACAUCAAUAAACAAUAAGUAUGUUUUAUGAAGCAUAUUUUAACAAGCAAUAUUCAAAAUAUGUUCCAUUAGAAAUUGACAUUUCUACAACAUAGUUGCCAAAUUUUAACACAUAAAAUUCAUUACAAUUUAUGAGAGAAAAAGUAUUAAUCCGAUGUUGAAAUUUUGUUAGUUGAUAAGUCAUUGUUGGGGACCAUGAGUCAGCUGUUGGCUACAUAGAGCUGACGAGAAAAAAGAUAGAAAGGAAGACAUGGGGCAAAGGGUGUGGGGAGAAUGAGAGAAGGGAACUAUAACUCUCAAGGCUCACCUUCCAGUGACCCAUUUUCUCCAUCUGUGCUCCACCCUCCAAAGUUCAACUUUCCAAAAAGAGUUAGGAUCAACUGUGUCCCAAAUAUUCAAACACAUGAGUCAUAGAGUGGGCAUUUUAUGUAAAAGCCAUAAUAUAAGGGAAUCUUCAUUAAGCUGAUGUCAGUUUUCUCAGCAUAAACUUUAUAGUAUAGUAGAGAAUAAAAGAGAACAAGUUAAGGUUUUCAAAGUCCUGAGGGGAAAAUAAUACACAAACGGAAAUUAUAUAUACAUGAAAUCUAUCCUUCAGAAAUGAAAGAGAAAUAAAACAUUAUUCAUAGCAAAAUGCAAAGCAACAAACAAACAAACACAGGGAAAUCACACCAUCAGUUCCUUACAAUAGUCAAUCAGAAGUUUUGCACUAGAAACAAAAGGAUAAUAGCUAUCAUUACAAAGCCACAUAUAGAACUACACAGAACUCAGUAGAACAAAUCCAAGAAAUAAAACAUAAGAUAAUCAAACUUUAUCACUAUAUAAAACUACUAUCAGGCAUAGUGACACAGAUCUGGAUCCUAACACAUGAAGAAUCUGAGGCAAGAAGGUUGAUGAGUUCAAAUGCUGUUUUUGAGCACAGCCUGUAUCAAAAAAGAGAGAGAGAGAGAGAGAGAAGAAAAGGAAGGAAGGAAAGAAAGAAAGAAAGAAAGAAAGAAAGAAAGAAAGAAAGAAAGAAAGAAAGAAAGAAAGAAAGAAAGAAAAAGAAAGAAGAAAAAUUUCAACAACUAUACUAAGAAAAAUACUAAGAAAAUUUGGGAAGGUUUUAUUCCUAUAAAAAUCUGAUGUUAUGGGGUUUUCUCUGGCAUGAACUUAGUGACAGGCUCUCUGAUCACCUCUCCCUGGGGGGUGUAGCCUUGCCAGGCCACAGAGGAAGACAAUGUAACAGUGGACUAGGGGAGGGGCACAGGGGGAGAAGAGGAAGGGAGGGUGGAAUUGGGAGGAAUUGGGAGCAAACGAGGGUGGGGGACACACCCAGGAUACAAAUUGAAUAAAUUGUAAUAAAUGAUAAUAAAAUUUUGUUUAAAAAAUUAAAAAUUUGUUUUAAAAUGUUCAGGGCUGGUGAAAUGAUUCAGAAGGUUGAAUUUUCUCAGUGACCCUGUGACCUGAGUUCAAUCCUUAGAAGCCACAUAAAGAUGGAGAAGAGAAAUGUCUCUCCAAAGCUGUUCUUCUACUUCCUCAUAUACCAUGGCCCACAACUAUACAUAUUAUGCACCCGAGCCACACACACAUCAUGUGCACACAGACAAGCAAAUAAUUAAUAAUAAUAAUAAUGUUUUUAAGGGACUGAAAAUCUGAUCAA